AUGUUUCUCACACGUUCCGAGUAUGACAGGGGGGUGAACACCUUCUCUCCAGAAGGCAGGCUCUUUCAAGUAGAAUAUGCCAUCGAAGCAAUCAAGCUUGGCUCUACAGCCAUUGGUAUCCAGACAUCAGAAGGAGUAUGUCUUGCAGUCGAGAAGAGGAUCACAUCACCUUUAAUGGAGCCCAACAGCAUUGAGAAGAUUGUAGAGAUAGAUGCUCAUAUAGGCUGUGCUAUGAGUGGCUUAAUUGCAGAUGCAAAGACAUUAAUUGAUAAAGCUCGGGUUGAAACACAGAAUCACUGGUUUACUUAUAAUGAAACAAUGACAGUAGAAAGUGUCACACAAGCAGUCUCCAAUCUAGCACUGCAAUUUGGAGAGGAGGAUGCUGACCCUGGAGCCAUGAGCCGUCCAUUUGGAGUUGCUCUUCUAUUUGGUGGUGCAGAUGAAAAAGGGCCUCAGCUUUUUCACAUGGAUCCUUCUGGGACAUUUGUUCAGUGUGAUGCCCGGGCCAUUGGCUCUGCUUCUGAAGGGGCUCAGAGCUCACUACAGGAGGUUUAUCAUAAGUCAAUGACUCUGAAAGAAGCCAUUAAAUCAUCGCUAACUAUCCUAAAACAGGUGAUGGAGGAAAAAUUGAAUGCCACAAACAUUGAGCUUGCAACGGUAGAGCCUGGAAAGAAAUUUCAUAUGUACUGUAAGGAGGAGCUAGAAGAGGUUAUAAAGGACAUUUGA